GGCCUGCAGGAUACCAUGAGGAAAGACGCAGUAGCGUCUUUGCUCUCACGACAUCUUUGUGCUUUACUUCUAUCAUACUUUUCCUUGCAGAAACUUUUUUAAAGUUAUAUGUCUCACAUACCGGGUCUAUCUAAAGGAAAAUGCAUCGACAUCUUCUUGCGGUACAGAGAUGAUCGUGCUGCAGGAAUAAAGUUCUCCAGUGUUCCUCAACCUUGUGAUUUACCUUCCCCACUUUUUGCCCAAAUAACCGAGGAUUUGAGAACGCUAGGCUACUAUCUGCCGGAGUUGAAGAUUCCUGUUCUGAAACUCGCAAAUGAUGGUAUUCAGGCAUCUUGGGUUGCGAGUGAAGGUGGAUCGGAGGUACAGGGUCUAGAACUGCUAGCAAAAGAGAAGAGCAAAAGGGAACUCAAGGCUGUUAUGGAGUCUCUGAACAUCUCUCUAGUAAAGAUCAACGUGAAUGGCAUCACCAUUCUCGACCAAGCUCAGAGUGCGAAGACGGGUGGACCGGGAAUAAGAAUGAGAGGCCGCGAUCCGGGCCUCAAUUAUGGAUCACUGGAAUCUUCCCCCGCCCCCUCCAAGCUUGCCAGGUUGAAGUCCAGUACUUCCGGACCUCACCAUGCAGAACGAGUGAUUGAUAAUGUUGACAUCACCUCGCACGAGACAAGGUUGCAAUUCAUGGAGGUGAACGCUGCUGUAAAAAAUAACAAAGCGAAGGACGAUAUGUUAUGGGACUCUACCGAAUCGGAGUCGGACUAUGCUACAGAGGCAUCAUCCACGUUAUCAAAAGAAGUCGGAUAUCGUCUUUUCACGGAGGCAAAGCAGGCUCAUGAAGGUGACGAAUUAGGCGAAGCAGGACCUGCCUCGAACCUGACUCCAGUCGCCAUCGCAACGUUACCUGUGCAGGCCAAGAAACGAGGACUGGAAGCUUGGCUGAUAUAUAAACAAACAAGCAUGCCGCGUCGGGAUACAGAUAAUGGCGACGAUACCGCCGCUUCCACUCCAAAUGCUGGGUUUUCAUCUACGAUGAAGGAAAGCCGCUUACUAGCGGAGAAAGAACUAUACGAACAGAUUGCCUCGGACCUUCGUGGACAACUUGACCAAGAGCGCAGACAGCGUAAUCUCGCGGAGAAACUGCUGAAACAGGAACGUCUUCACAUACAGAAGCUCGAGGCACAGCUUGAUAAGCUUGAACGUAUGGACUUUGAAAAGGAAUUGGUUUGCUUUCCUUUAUACGCGCCGGUCUAACGAACAUAUUGCUUCCAUUCUAUCAGUAGCAUGAUAUCAAUGAGGACCAAGUCCGUCAUGAUCUGCAGAAACCUCCUCUCGCUGACUCUUUUGUCUCUGUACAGUGGUGUCAGCAUCCGCCACAUGUAUUCGGCACACCGUAGACGCGUCAGGGUCAUGACUGGGAGCAAUAGAGCCAACGUUCAAGCUGUUAAGCUGGAUGCGACACUCGCAAAGCUUCAGGGAUUACUGCUCAGGGGAUGUGGUGCUCGUCCCGGCUCCUCACCCGGAUCAUCCUUAAACAAUGAUAUGGCUGUAGGGAAGGCUACAAACACUGCAUCACCGCAAGUUGCACAUCUAGUGAACCUCCAGCCCAACAUUCCUGUAGGGACAGUUGAAACUCCUGUCGAUGAUACUGCGAUGGUAACGAAAAUCACUAAUGCACCAAACACC